AUGAGUAAAAUUAAAAAGUUUUUACAAAACCAAGAUGCUUACUCCUUACAAAAGAAAGUACGCAGAAAGGGAUUUAAAAGAAGAAGAGUCGUGGUACAGGGAUUGGACUACCAGUGGGAAGCUGACUUAGCGGAUGUUCAGAAUUUGUCCGAAUACAACGAUGGCAUCAAAUUCCUUCUCGUGAUUGUUGACGUGUUCUCUCGAUUCCUGUGGGUUCGUCCAUUGAAAGACCGAAAAGCCAAAUCCGUUAUUGAAGCCUUCAAAGAUGUGUUGAAUGAAACUAAGGCCAACUUUGCCGAGAGAUACAUUCAGACACUAAAAAAAAGAUUGUAUCGAUAUUUCACUCAUCUGCAAAAAUACAAAUACCUCGACAUCUUGCAAGAUGUAGUUCGAUCGAUCAACCACACACCGAAUCGAUCUCUAAAUGGGCGCAAGCCGGCAUCUGUGACCAAAGAGAACGAAGAUGAGGUGAGGUUAGAUGCUUACCUGGUUCGACAGAAAAAAGAAAAACGACAGCUUCCCCUGAAGAAAUCCUACAAGAUGAAAAAGCGUUUACCAUAUACCUUUAAAGUGGGAGAUCAAGUUCGAAUUACGCAUUUACGACAUCUGUUUCAGCGGGAUUAUGAUCAAACGUACACUGAAGAAGUGUUUGUGAUUCGAGAAAGAUUUGUGUCUCAAGGCAUUCCUAUUUAUAAAUUAAAAGACCUAGCAGAUGACCCGAUUCAAGGUACAUUUUAUGCCAGCGAACUGCAGAAAGUCUUAAAAGACGAAAAGACAGUCUGGAGAAUUGAUAAGAUUUUACGCAAACGCAAAGUUCGCGGGAAAGAAGAGGUAUUAGUGAGGUGGCUGGGAUGGCCCAAGAAAUUUGACAGUUGGAUUCCUCGAAAGGACAUAAAAGAAACGUAA